AUGCCAGUACCACAGUAUCAAGGUGUAGCAGGUCACCCACAAAUUUCGUGUUGGCAAAAAAUGAAACUUGGUCUGCUUAUGGGAGUAUUUAUUGGUUGUGCAUCAGGUGCUCUUAUUGGAACUGCUAGUGCAUAUAGCAUGGGCUUUCGAGGACGUGCUAUGAUGGCACAAGUUGGACGAUAUUCUACAAAAAUGGGAGGCUCAUUUGCUGUUUUUAUGAUGAUAGCGCAAGGACUUCGUUGUUAA